GCUGGAUCAGGGGCAGGCCGGAGCGGGGCGCGCGCAGCAUGGCGGAAGCGGAAGGGAGUUCGCCACUCCUGUUGCCGCCGCUGCUGCCACCCCCGCCCGGGAUGGCGGAAGUGGAGGCGCCGACGGCGGCCGAGACGGACAAGAAGCAAUUUAGCUGUGGUGGCAGCGGCGUCAUGGACGUGGAGCGGAGCCGCUUCCCUUACUGCGUGGUGUGGACGCCCAUCCCGGUGCUCACGUGGUUUUUCCCCAUCAUCGGCCACAUGGGCAUCUGCACAUCCACAGGAGUCAUUCGGGACUUUGCUGGCCCCUACUUUGUGUCGGAAGACAACAUGGCCUUCGGGAAGCCUGCCAAGUACUGGAAGCUGGACCCUGCUCAGGUAUAUGCUAGUGGGCCCAAUGCGUGGGACACGGCCGUGCACGACGCUUCUGAGGAGUACAAACACCGCAUGCACAGUCUCUGCUGUGACAACUGCCACUCACAUGUGGCCUUGGCCCUGAACCUGAUGCGCUACAACAACAGCACCAACUGGAACAUGGUGACUCUCUGCUUCUUCUGCCUGCUGUAUGGGAAGUACGUCAGCAUCGGGGCCUUCGUGAAGACCUGGCUGCCCUUUGUUCUCCUCCUGGGUGUCAUCCUAAGCGUCAGCCUGGUCUUUAACCUGCGGUGAUGGCUGCCCCAUGGCCCUGGGCCCACCAGGCUCCUGAGGAGGCAGCCGCCAUCACCUUUCGUUCCAGAUUCUUUCUCCUCGCCCCGAAAGGCAGGGAUGGGCCUGCUGGUUUUAGUCCAGGGCUCUGGGCUAAGUGGGGUGGAAUAAGGGCUGAGGAUGAGCAUGGGGUGGUUUUUGUGUCUGUUUGCAUUUUGUGUCUCACUGGUCGCUCAGAAGCUCCCUGCCCCCUCCUUCCCAGGCUUGUGACUCCCACCCUUGAGGCACCCUUUGUUCAUCUGUUGGAAAAGCCUUAGCUUCCCUCUAGAGCUGUGUCUGCCACUGCCUGCUGGGCUCCCUCUGCCUCAGCCCAGUGCCUGGUGGGGGAGGGAAGGAUAUUUGGACCCACCAGACAAGGCAGCACAGGGACCAGAGCUGGAUUUGAAGCCCCUUCUCCUGCCAAGACUCUGGUCUCAGGGUGAAGGUACACUAAGAAGUCUGCAUAAACUCAGCCACCCUGGGGCCUUCUCCACUGGCCUCUAGAAUGGUCCAGUAGGGCUGACGGGCCCCCUUCAGAUGUCUGCCAGAAGCUGCACUAGGGGUAGUUUGCGCCCCACUCCUGGCAGCCACCAGCCCAUGCAGCCCCCUCUUCCCACUCUCCCAGGGCCUCCAAGCACUUGGGCCCAUCUCCCCCCUGCAGUUUGGGGCCUGGGCUCCCCCAACCAGGCUGGAGAGAUGAGUGACACUGACGUAUCCAGAGUGACCCCUGCAGAUCAGAGCGAUGUAACAAAACUUGUCCUUGGCCCCAGGAACGGGCCUCGCACUGGUGACGGCACCCCUUGGGUCCGAGAUGUCAGGGGGCCGUUGGAGCAGCCAGCGCCAUCAGGGAGCUGAAUGGGAGCUGUCUCCUCCCACCUCCCACGGCUCCCCCUUCUCUUCAAGUUGUGGGACAGGCCUGUGCUGCCCCCCUCACCCCUGCUCCAUGGAUUCCUUUGUGUGGGGCUCCUGGGCAGGACAAUAAAGAGUUUUAACUCCA